GUUCACCUCUAAAUGUGGUGAAUUUCUGUUAGUCAUAAUCAAGAAGCACAAAGCAAAGAACAGCAGAAAGAAAAUUUAUAGAAGGAAAUUUUUUGUGAAUACGAGCUGAUCUGCCCAACCCAUAAAAUUUCUUGUUAAAAAACGUAAUUAAAGACAAUGCAGACUAUUAAGUGUGUUGUUGUUGGUGACGGUGCUGUUGGUAAGACAUGUUUGCUUAUCUCUUAUACAACCAAUAAAUUCCCCUCGGAAUAUGUGCCCACCGUAUUCGAUAAUUAUGCCGUAACGGUUAUGAUUGGCGGCGAGCCCUACACAUUGGGUCUAUUUGAUACAGCUGGUCAAGAGGAUUAUGAUCGUUUGCGUCCAUUGUCGUAUCCACAGACAGAUGUGUUUUUAGUGUGUUUCUCAGUCGUUAGUCCAAGUUCUUUUGAAAAUGUUAAAGAAAAGUGGGUACCAGAAAUAACACAUCAUUGUCAGAAGACACCAUUCUUAUUGGUGGGAACACAAAUUGAUUUGCGCGAUGAAACCAGUACUUUGGAGAAAUUGGCUAAAAACAAACAAAAACCCAUUGGCAUUGAAAUGGGAGAAAAAUUGGCUAAAGAAUUGAAAGCUGUUAAAUAUGUAGAAUGUUCAGCUUUAACACAGAAAGGUCUUAAAAAUGUAUUCGAUGAAGCAAUAUUGGCUGCUUUGGAACCACCAGAACCCACAAAGAAAAGGAAGUGCAAAUUCUUAUAAUUUUUAUGUGUAUUAUAAUUUAUUGAAAAUAACAUAACAAGAAAAAAAUACACGCAAUCAACAAUUUCUAAAAAAUAAUAACAAAUAAACAUAACAACAAAAAAAUAUUGGCUUAUAAAAAAAAAUACAAAGCAUAAAAUUUCAUUACUGAAUUGAAAAGAAGAAAGAAUAACAUUUAUGGCUUAAUUUGAAAUGAAAAUUAACCAGUUAAUAAAACAUUACAAUUAACGUUCUUUUUUCAAACAAAAUCUUCUUAAAUUAUAAAACAACACCAACAUUUUGAAUAAUGUUAAACUAUUUUCUAAAAAAAAAAUCUUAAAUAUAUAAUAAAAAACAUUUAAAAACUAUUCAAACAGCAGUAACAAUAAUUUAUCUAUAAUUAUAAUGGAAAUUAAUACCAACAACAGAAUUGAGUAUUGAAACAAAAAAAAAAACAUUAUUAUAAACCACAAAAAUAUACAUAGUUAUUUAUCAUUAAAAAUCUACAUAAACAUUAUUUCCGUUUUUUUUUCUUUUAUUUUAGUUUACAUUUAAUUGUUUUAACAGUUUUUCAAUAAACCACAUUUUACUGUUAAAUAAAAGAAAAAAUCAAACUCCACACAAUAAACUCUCUAUCUAUCCCAAUCUCUCUCUAACUAUUUUCUCCCCAUUCAAAAGCAACGCUUUGACUUAACAAGGUGUGUUAUAUUUAAUAAUUAAAACAAAAAUUUAAAAGUAAUCUAAAAUGAAACACAAAACGUGCAUAAACAAGAAAAAUAGUAAAAAAGAAAACAAAAAAUGAUUCUAGUUCGUCGUAAUGAACUAAUGCAUUUUUUUAAUUUAAAUUAAAUAAAAAGUAUAUUAAAAUAUAUUAAUCAUUAAUAAUAACAAAAGCAAAAAAACAUAUUUUUAUAUAUACAAUUAUCAAUUUUUACAUUAUAUUUUAGUUUUAGACAUUGUAAUUAUUGAUUUCAGAUAUUAUAAUAAAGAAUAAAACCAAGAAACAAUAAAAAUUCAAAAAA